UCCCUUGUAUAUGCCAUAGGGCCGGUGGUGUUCUCAGACUUAAAUUCGCAAUUAUUAAAAUUUUCAUCACCACGGAUCGUUAAUCGUAAUUUCUGACACAUUGCCGCGUAAAUAAGUUUGUGAGGAUAUUAAAAAAAUAACUGAAUUGGUGCCGUGAUGUUGUGAUCCGCUGAGCCUUAAAAUCAUAAAACUCACUCACACCAAUACAUUGCAAGUGGGAACGUGAGUUGGGAUCUUGCGGAGUUGGUUAGAAUUAAAAAAAUACUUCACUCUGGAAAAAGGAUAAAAUACACCAGAAUAAAUGUGCUUAUGUUUGAAGAAUGUCUAGGUCUGAGUCAUACACCAUGAGCUCCGUCCGUAGUUAACGAGUGUGAGUAUCUACGCUGUUAGUUUGUAUUAAGAUUGAAAAUAAAAGAAGAACUUGGUGUAUAUUAUUGAAAUGGUGUCUUAAUCGUCGAGUAUCAAUAACUAGGUGAUUUAGAUAUCUAAUACUACAAAGGCUGUGAAUAGAAGAAGACUAAACUUCCGUAAUAUUAGAUUGUUAGUUAAUGCUGUUUUUGGAAGAGAUGGGGACCCUGAAUGACGGAUAACAGAAUGGGAAACUUCAAAGACCUAUGCUCUACGCAUUGAUGGGUAUAUGCUUUUCCUGUAGAAGACCCUCUAGCAGUCGGCUAAAUAAUAAAAUUUCUGAACACAUAUCGGCAUCGGUAACACCCCUCCAUGUUUGUCUGGAGGAACAAGGAAGACCAGAACUGGGCUCGAGUGACGCCGUGGCCAGCAGGGCACAGGUUAAGGGUAGUGGAGAUAAUUUGGGUGAAACAAUCAGUGAGUGUUCAGAGGUAGGAUCGACUCCUGUUGAGCUGGAAGAGUGGACUCAGCCAAGCAUGGCCAAUACAAUCAGUAAUAUGAAGAUGACUAACCCUAUCAAGGGGUUAGUGAGUAAACGUCGCAAGCGUUUUACUCAAGAUGGCUUUGACCUUGAUCUCACAUAUAUACAGAAUAACUUAAUAGCAAUGGGUUUUCCGGCUGAGAAACUCGAAGGAGUUUAUAGAAAUCACAUCGAUGAUGUGGUUAAAUUUUUAGAAUCUAAGCACAAAGAUCAUUACAAAAUUUAUAAUCUCUGCAGAGAAAGAUCGUAUGAUCCGAAAAAAUUUAAAAAUAGAGUCGCUGAGUUUCCGUUUGACGACCAUAAUCCGCCCAACAUUGAACAAAUAAAACCAUUCUGUGAAGAUGUCCACAACUGGCUGUCACAGGACUGCAAAAAUAUCGCUGCGGUACACUGCAAAGCUGGUAAAGGCAGAACUGGUGUAAUGGUUGCCUGCUAUUUACUUCACACACAGCAGUUUACAACAGCGUUGGAGGCUCUAAAAUUUUAUGGUUCGAAAAGGACUACUGAUAGCAAAGGAGUUACGAUACCCUCCCAGAGGAGGUAUGUUGGCUACUAUGCCUCACUUGUACAAAAAAAUCUUAUCUAUCAACCAGUCACGCUUCUUUUACGGCAAAUUAUGCUUGAUCCAGCUCCCAUUUUUAAUGGUAAUCAAGGAUAUUUGCAUUUUGUGAUAUCGGAAGGUAAUAAACGUAUAUUUAGUUCGGAUACUGUUGAAGUUAAAAAAGGUUCCGCUUCAAUUUGUAUUCCAUUGAAUCAUACUGUUUCUAUAACAGGUGAUAUUCGAAUAGAAUUUUUUAAUAAAAAACCUAAACCCAAAAGAAAAGAAAAAUUAUUUCAUUUUUGGUUUAACACAUUCUUCGUACGAGACAGUCCGUCGUCAAAUAACGACAGCGAAGAGAUGCGAUUUGAACGAUCCGCAAGAGCAUUGAGUUGUGAUGGAACAACGAUGGAAUUUCCAGCGAUGGUUAAUACUAACUCAAAGCCGAGAACCAGCUCGCUGGCAAGUCUCGGUCCAAUGCCACCGACUCUGGUUCUUGAAAUUGAUAAGUGGGGCUUGGAUGAUGCACAUAAAGACAAAAGUCAUAAAAUAUUCGCUUCUGAUUUCAAGGUGAAUUUAAUAAUGAACCGGCCAUGGGAUGGACCCGGCAGUGGAAUACCGCAAGCAGUCCCAGCAAUAACUCCCAGGACUGAUGUACAAGAAAGUCCAAGCGAUUCGAGUGACACAGAAAGCAGCGAGUGCGAAACAACUGGCGACGAGGAUGGAUGGGAAUCAGUGGACAUGGAUCAACGUGUUGGCCGGUAUCGUCUAUUAUCUGAUGGAGGAAUAAUUGAUGUUUUGUGAGCCCGUAACAACUUGAUGCUCUAUAUUAUCAACUCUAUUCAUCCCUCCAACCUUGAAAUAUCAUGCAAUAAUUGUAAUACAUCAAAGAAUUGAAAUUUAAUUUAAAAAAUAGAUUAUUAUAUUUAUAAUAAAAAUAGUUGUUUAAAUUCGUCGUAUUACGCCCAACGAUUUUCUCUCCUAUUAAGUUAUUUAUUAUUUAUUUUGUCUAUUAAUUUUUGAAUAUUAAAUUACAUUCGUAACAAUUAUUAAUUAAUUAAUUUAGUAAAUUAUUGUAAAUUUUUUUAUUAUUAAAAUUUUUAAUGUAAAUAUUGGAGAGAAUAAAUAUGACAGGAUGAGAAUUUCGGUUAUAAAUAUUUAAAAAAUAUUUACUGAUAUACGACGAUAAAAUUAACGGUAUAAAUAUAUUAUAUAUAUAAAUAUAUAAAAUAGUAAGACUAUUUUCAUAAGCGACAAAUUAUAAGUCAAUAAUUGUGCGUAGAAAAUAAAAUUGCGAGCGUACGUGAGAGUGCCUAUUAACAGUGAGAAAGAGUAAAUGUAUGAUUAUUGUAUGUUAAGUUUGUUUGUAUGUGUAUGUAUUGUAAAAUUAAAAUUUAUUAGUAUAAAUAAUUAUUAAAAAGUAUUUUAAAAUAAUAAAUAAAUUUUAAAAUACUUUUUAUUUAAUUAAAUGUCGAUCAACGUAUCUGCAUGAGUGGAAUAUUAACUAAUUAUAAUUUAAUAUUUAUAAAAUAUCAACAUAAGAUAGCAGUGUUUUGACAAACGAUUUUUUAUUUAUAUUAAUUAAAUAAUUCCUCAACGAUUAACCCUUUAUAUUUUUAUUUAAUAUUCAAUAUAAAAAAUCAUUAAGUAAAUAAAAAAAUUAAUUAAAGUGUCUGUUGAAAUACUGCUGUCGAAAGCCGUUAAAUUUUCACCAGUUGCGUUUGUCAAUAAUAUAAUUCAAUUAAUUAUUGUGAUUUAGU